GAUUAUAUGAUUUAUUCGGUCAAAGUCCACAUCCAAGACCAAAUGUAUCUACUGUGUGUAUGACCAACAGUAGUACCAUGAACACAACAGAGGCGGGCGAGAGAUAAACAGACCGUAAUGCAGCAGCCUAAUAACCACAGCAGCCGGUCUCCUAAGGACAGGAGCCUGGAGACUGUGGAGGCUACCCACUCAGCACCCUGGAAUAAACCACAACUCCUCAACAGCAAGGGGAGGGACUUUGAGAAAUGGGAUGCACACCAUUCAGAACCAUGGAACAAGCCUCGUCUCAACAACACCAAACCUGGCCUAGAACAUAUGCACACGUUCCAGGAGUGUCUACAGCUCAUUGAGGAACUAACCAAGGAGGUGAAGGACAUCAGUAAGCUUGCCAAGAGAAGAGGGGUGACGGGAGGAGAAGGUUCCACAGCAUCACCUAGCUUGGAGAGCAGCCGGAGUCUCAUUCUAUUGUGGGCCAAGGAGCUUGACCAGCUCCAGAAGACAUCCACACCAACAACAGAGAUUCAGAUGAUGAGAGGAAAGAGGGAUCCAGGCGGAGGAGAGAAAGACAAAAGUUUGGAGAAAGAGAAUCAGAGAAUAUUGGAAUGGGCAACAGAACUGAAAAACGUAUCAGAGGUGUGUGGGCUGUCAGACGAGGACCUGAAGCGUCUGUUGGGAACGCGGGGGGUCAAGGAGUCUAGGCUAACUGGCGUUCUGCCAUUGCUGGAAUUCAUUGCCUGGUCUCUACUGUCAAAUGACACUGAGGAGGACGUAUCAAAGCUGUGGUUGUCAACCAAACAGAGAGCAUGGAGAACUGGAAGCCAAAAGUACAUCCCUAAUUCUGUAUGGCAAUGGAUUCACAGUGCUUCAACCCAAGUGCGUCUGGAACCCCUCACCAGCCACCCCUGGCUGGCCUUCUCAGAUGACAACCUUGAAGUGUGGGAGGCCCCCCAGAGGCGCGACACCAUAAACUAUCCCCUCCGCUUCGACUCCUGGCCCUGCGUUCUGGGAUGCCAGGCCAUCAACACAGGAAGGCACUACUGGGGAGUAGAGGUAUCCCCCACAGGCAGCUGGAGACUGGGAUUGACAUCGGUAACUGCACCCCGGAAAGGUCGGUUCCCCAUGACCCCAGCAAAGGGCUACUGGACCCUGUGGAGGAGCGCCCAGAACAGCCUGUGGGCCUGUUGUGAUGACCCCCUGACCAAGCUACCUGUCUCAGCCCUGCCACACCUAGUAGGGGUCUACCUGGACUUUGAGGAGGGACAGGUUUCCUUCUAUGAUAUAGAGAAUAGGUCCCAUAUCUAUACGUUCACUGAUACGUUUAAGGAGAAGGUGGUUCCUGUGUUCGGCUGUCUCGACGGCGAAACGAAGAUCAGGAUUGUGCCACGGCCAAAGAUGCCAUCUGCAUCUGUUGUUAGAUAAAGCUGCAAUGUGUUUAAGAUUGAUUUGCUAUGCAAUGUUUUUGUAACUCAUUUUACAUCACCAGCCAGAAUAUGUCAGGCUUGUUUUGUUGUGGAAAAUCACUGCUUCUCUCGUGAGAGAGAUUAUAUUGAAUUACACCAAGCAUUUUCCUUUUUCACUGCACCUUUGUGUAAUGAUAUUACAAUUGGAACACAAUAAACAGAAAACUAUGACAGACUGUUUGUUUGUUCAUUUUAGAUACCAUCAUGAUCAAAGAUCCGGAACCGCAUUCUCUGUUAAUGUUUCCGUCUAUUUGUAUAAUUUUGCACGCCCAGUUUUUCAGUUUUUGAUUUGGUAAAAAAGUUUGAAAUAUCCAAUAAAUGUCAUUCCACUUCA